GCAGGAAGCAGCAGUGAUGUGAUAAUGACCUAGUUGAUGGGCUGUGCUUGGGGCUGACACCACCAUUUGAGAAGCCUCUGGUGGGGAGUAAGGACUGCAAGGAAGCUGCUCAACAUCAGAUUCCAGAGUUCCCUGACUUCACAGCUCCAUGGCUGCCCAGGCGCUCCUCCUGGGCAUCCUCCUUCUGCUGCUGCCUCCACCUAUCCCAGCCCCCUGCCACACUGCCAAACGAUCCGAGUGCCGGCGGGUCCGCCGUUUCGUGCCUGGCAUGGGGCUGGCUGGGGAAGGUGUGGACGUGACCACCCUCCAGCGCUCAGGCUCCUUCCCAGUGGACACACAGGGCUUCCUUCGGCCUGAUGGCACCUGCACCCUCUGCAGCAGCGCCCUGCGUCCGGGCACCCUCUGGCUCUUGCCCCUAGCAUUCACCCACUGGCGCGCCCAUAGCUCCAGCUGCCAACACCAGGUGAUCAAGACCAACGCCAUCUCCACAGAGGCGGUGGCUAGAGAAGUGGCCAAGAGCAUCACCAAUGACUGGAAGAUGGGGCUGCACGUGAGCCCCAAGACAGACGUCAACGUGAAGGUGUCAGUGGCUGCGUCGCAUUCCGAGGCGGCCAACUUCGCAGCAGGGAAGUCUCACCAGGACCAGUACAUCUUCAGCAGGGACUUGGUGAAGUGUCACUUCUACAGCUUUCACCUGGUACACACUCCCCCAAUACACCCCGAUUUCAAGCGAGCCCUAAAGACCCUGCCCCCCUACUUCAAUGCCUCCACCGAGCCUGACUACUUCAGGCUCAUCUCCAAGUACGGCACCCACUUCAUCCAGGCUGUGAAGCUGGGGGGCCAGAUCUCAGCCAUCACUGCCCUGCGCACCUGCAAGCUGGCCCUUGAAGGGCUCACAGACAACCAGGUGAGUGACUGCCUCGCCAUUGAGGCCGCGGUCAGCAUAGGUGACAAAGCUGACUCUUCAGCAGAAGCCAAGGCCUGUGAGGAAAAGAAGCGGCAGCACAAGGUGGAGGGCUCCUUCCACCAGGCCUAUCGGGAGCGCUAUUCCGAAGUGGUUGGGGGCCACCACACCUCCAUUCACGAUCUGCUGUUUGGGAAAGAGGCUGGGCCCGAGCAGUUCUCCACCUGGGUGACCUCACUGCGGGACAGCCCCGGCCUGGUGGACUACAGCCUGGAGCCUCUGCACGUGCUCCUGGGGGGCCAGAACCCGCAGCGGGAGGCCCUGAGGUGGGCGGUGAGCAAGUACCUGACGGACAGGGCACGGUGGAAGAACUGCAGCCGGCCCUGCCCCCCGGGGAAGAAGAAGCACCCCCAUGACCCAUGCCAGUGCGUGUGCCAUGGCUCGGCGGUCACCACCCAGGACUGCUGUCCCCGGCAGAGGGGUCUGGCCCGGCUGGAGGUAAGGAACUUCCAGGCAACAGGUUUGUGGGGAGACACUUUCACGGCCACAGAUGCCUACCUCAAGGUCUUCUUCGGGAACCAGCAACGGAGGACGAGCACCGUGUGGAACAAUGACAACCCCAGGUGGAUGACACAGCUGGACUUUGGGGACGUGUAUCUUGCCACGGGGGGUGGCCUGAGGGUGCAGGUCUGGGAUGCAGAUCAUGGCUGGGAUGAUGACCUCCUUGGCACCUGUGAUAGGUCUCCACAAUCUGGCAUACAUGAAGUGAAGUGUGCCCUGCCCCACGGUCAACUGAUAUUCCACUAUCAUGCCAGGUGCUUGCCUCACCUGGCAGGGAAUACCUGCCUGGAGUAUGCCCCCCAAGGGCUUCUGGGGGAGCCUCCAGGAAACCGGAGUGGGGCAGUGUGGUGAGGACAGCAGGCCUUGAGAUGACCAGUACGCCCAGAUUGAAAGGGUUCUCACAGAGGGAUCCAGGGCCUGUACUCAUAUCUCUACUAGACAGAGAGAAAAUUGAAGCUCAGCUGUUCUUUGUUAAUUGAGGUGGCUGAAUUGGCAAGCCAGCCCUGAGUUUCCCCAUCCAAUCUGUCUUAGCUCUCUAGUAUUCUUGAGCCCUGGAACUGAGCUGGAGCCGGGCCACGUCCCACAAUUCCUGCUACACAGACCACAGCUUAGGCCCAUAGCAGGCAGAAGGCCAGGAGGCUAUUCCCAUCAGGCUGUUCUGUGCUUGUCUUUUAAGAUCCUUCCCCUGCAGCCCUUUUUGGUGUGACGAAUUUUUCAUCAUAUUUGAUCUAACCCUUUCUGCUGCCCCAGCCUCUGUGUCCUCUGUCUUCUGGGUUCAACACGCUUUGCCUCGCAGACAAACCAGGGGCUGUCUUGACCUGUCUCACUAUGUACACAGCCCUACUGAGGGCCAAUAAAUAUGACGUGAUGGUGACUAUGAUGGUGGUGGUUGUGGCAGAAACGAGGACGGGGACCAAGCACAGCCCUGGAGUUAAACUUCUACAUUAGCCACUCGCGCAAUGGAACAGGUGGUUUACUCCAGAGGCAGGCACGUAAUGUAAAUAAGUCGCUUACCCGCUUUUGAUGGAAACCUGGGAAUCCAAAAUAUUUUACUUUCCUUCUAAUGCUCUUAGAAAUAGCAGCAUAAGCUCAGUGAUAAAUGGCAAUGGGGAUGCAGCUUCCAGCUGGGAGACAAUAGGGAAUGGUGAGGACUGUGGUGAACUGAAGAGGGCAUGUCUUAUCUAGAGGGGUAGUUACAGCUGUGCUCUA